AUGCAUCAUUCUAACGGCAAAAGCAUUAGAAUAGAAGAAGAUCCGAUGCGCAUUCGCUUGCUUGCUUUCUCGCCUUGCACAUUCAACGAACUCAUCAAUUUCUUUUUUUGUCUAAUCAACAUCGUCAACGAAGUGAACUUCAUUUUUCUCGAUAAAAACUUCAAAAUGCCGUCAAUGUUAACCUCAUCGUCUCGGGCGUUUUUUGUUUCAAUUAACUGCAAAUUUUUUCUAUACUUAACACAUUCAUUUCGUACAUAUUUUUGUUCUUUUACAUAUACUAUAUACACGUCUAUUAAUAUUUCUACACACAACAGCAGCCACGUCGGUUUAGCUGUCAACAUGAAAGAAUAUAAAGUAGUAGUCCUUGGGCCAGGCGGUGUUGGCAAAUCAGCAUUGACUGUGCAAUUUUGUCAUUCAAAAUUCGUCGAAAAAUAUGAUCCAACUAUUGAAGAUUUUUAUCGUAAAGAGAUUGAAGUUGAUGGGGAACCUGCUUAUUUGGAAAUUCUCGAUACCGCCGGUACUGAACAAUUCGCAUCUAUGCGUGAUCUUUAUAUAAAAAAUGGGCGAGGGUUUCUUGUAGUGUUUAGUUUAACAUCCUGGCAAUCAUUUCUCGAUGCUCGUACUGUUCGAGAGCAGAUUUUACGUGUGAAGGGCACAGACAACGUCCCGAUUUGUUUGGUUGGAAAUAAAUGUGAUUCAUCGUUACAACGGCAAGUCACUCCCGAUGAUGCACUUGCUCUAGCACAAGCAUGGACAUGUCCGUAUGUUGAAACAUCAGCGAAAUUAGCUAUUAAUGUUAAUGAUACAUUUGCUGAAAUCGUCCGGGAGAUUAAUAGUCGAAUGAAAACAAGGAAGAACAAAACGAAAAAGAAAAAAACUCAUCGAUCAUUUUUUCGUCGUUAUUGUUCCUGUUGUUGUUGUUGUUGUUGUUAUUGUUGUUCAUCAUCAUCGUCAUCAUCAUUACCCUUUCAUGGAUAA